GGAGGAGCUGGCCAACAGCCCCUCCCGUGCCGACGGUGUGCCAGAGAACAUGGAGCUGCGCCGCCGCAAGCUCGCGGCGCAGCACAUGAUGGAAGUCAGCAACAUAUUCCGUAUGUCGGUUGCCACCUGGGCGAUUGCCGUCACAUUCUUCAACCGCUUCUACACAACGGAAGAGCAUGAAGAAGAACACACUUUUAUCAUCGCCUGUGCCUCGCUGUUCCUGGCGGGCAAGGCGCAGAAUGAGGCAAAGCCGCACACCACGCUGGCCAACGAGCUGAUCAAGGCCUGGUACGGAAAGGACAACCCGCAGCUUAAGGCACUGGCGGCUGCGCAUCAGGCCACGCAGGCCGCUCAGCAGCAGCAGCGCGGCGGCGGCUUUGCAUCCCCUGCGGUGCCUCCUGGCGUGGACUUCAACUUCUACACCAACAUGUGGGCGGCGGUGCUGGAGGCGGAGCGAGCGCUGCUGUACACCGUGGGCUUUGACUUCAACGUGGAGCUCAUCCACACCUACCUGGCCCGCCUGUGCAACCGGCCGCGCAUGAAGGCCGUCAAGCUGGACAAGAACAAGUACUUCCAGCAGCAACUGGUCAGCAUGGCAAACGACGUGUACAAGAAGGAUGGCACGCUGGCGCUGCAGGUGGGGCGCGGUACUCGGUGGAGAAGAUUGCCAUUGCCGCUUUCUACUUCAUCUUGA